GAUCUCGUACUUGAGAUACACAUUCCUUUCAGCGAUUAUGUAUGUCUCCGAAGCCAAAGGCUCAAUAAAUCCAAUAUCGGGACCAACAUGGACUGUCUUUUGCUCAGGAGCUGUCCGAUGGGUACUACCCGAUGGCAUCUCAUGCAACAUCCGGUGUAAUGAAUGUGUAUCUCUGGACAAGGGAGCUGAGGUGUGCACUCAGCUACAUUGGCUGCUGUGUAUCCAAUCGUCCUUCAGAAAUGCCACUGUCGACUUUGUUGCUCUGUAUCAUCGUUCGGGUCACAUGAUGUUUAUCCUUCAUUAUGCCCUCCUCAAUGACGACUGUUAUCACAGGGCAUGUGUCAUGACAGUGCAGGUCAAGUGAAAGACCGAUCUAAUGGUUGCCGGCAUUUUCUGAGACAAUCCAAUAGAUGGGCAAUGACUUUAUGGGGUAAGACGAGUAACUGUACUGGGCAAAGUUCAGAAGGAACACAUCGUGAGAAAUGACUGACGAAUUCGGCUCGUUGUCUGCCAAGUAGAUAAUGCCGCAAGUGGCACAAGAGGUGCAUCAGAACAAGAAGGGUGGAGAACAAGAACGGAACCAAAUAUGGUGUAGUGCCAGAGGUGUAAUGGGAGAGAGAAAUUUACCCUCUAAGGUCGGAAAUAGCAAGGUCGAGCGCAUGGUGCUCACCUCUGACUUAGGAUUACACCCCAAACCCUAAACCCAUGCCGAAGACUCUUCCAGAAUAUAAGCUUCCCUUGGUUGCAAGUUCAUCGCUGUAUCAAAAAAAAACGGUAAUAGUAAGGACCAAAUUGCCCUAUUGCCUGUGGAGUGUUGCUUGGCGACUAGGGAUAAGAUAGUGUCACUAACAGGGUCUCGUAGUGCUGGCCACAACAGCAGCGGACAUUAUGGACAGUGUAGCUCGCUCCCCCAAGGUCCCUCCCGAUUGUUAUUGACACAGAGUCUGGUAUUCAGCAGGUCAUCCAAUAACCUGUCCAUCCUUGAUACCAGAAACCUGUUUCUUUUUCUUUUUUUUCCCUUGGUUUAAUUCUACAAGAUAUUGGGGCCUGCGAGCGGGGGGAUGCGCGGAUAUUUUCACGUCAGUGAUGAGCUUCCAUCUUCCCCCUAACACAAUUCACCCGCAUAUGGAAUAUCACAGCUGCUGCUACAAUAUUGUUAGCCACAUGAAGAGGACUACUGCUCUGACCAUGCCAGGAGACAAAGAGGAGGUGGAGCCACAGUGUUCAGGAGAAUGGUUCUGGCACUUGUAAUCCUUUGUUUGUUUCUCCUCACAUGUAUUCCUUCCCUCACUGGGGGUGACCAUAUCGUGGGCAUGAUGCUUGUUCAUCUGGGGUUGAGCCCUCAUCGUAAACCGCAGGAAUGCGCUGGUGUCAUUGCCAGCAGCGGUGGUGUUGGUAUGGCGGAUAAUGCACGACUGCCAACCAACCAGGAUCUUCGGUGGCGACAACUUCUUCAAGCUCCCGACAGUGUCAUCCCCAUAAACAUUACUUACCCUCAUCUCCUAACUUACCUUGGUGAACUCCACCCAGAAUCAGCAGAUCCAGCAUGGAACAUAUCGUUGAAGGAAGACCUUGAUCUAUCUCCAAACCAUAAAACCCUCUUUUAUCAUGAGAAGGAGGCAGGUGCUUCAACAUCUCAUCUCCUCAUGAGAGCGACCCAAUCCACAUCAAUCAAUGGCAGUCUCCAUGCCAGCGAGCACGAGUCAGACGAGUCUAAUUUCUCCAGGUUCUCCUGGAACAUCUCCCAGUUUGCAGGACCAUUCACAAAUGUAAGUGGGCUGCUGGUGGUUGACGAGACAAGUGUGCUUGUAUCGUUCCGCAGCGAGAAUCUUAUACGCAAGAUUAAUGUCACAAGUGGAGUGGAGCUGAGCUCAAUGACGGUGAGAGAGCCUUACACACUGGCCAAAGAUCCACAGAAUAAAACAUUCUUUAUCGCAUCAACUGAUAGCAUCAUCGUUGUUUCCAUGGACUCCCUGGAGAAUACGCGAAUCCUAGCGGGCCCAAGUAUACGAGAUACGGAUAAUGGGAGCUUUGCAGAUAGUUCAACCGGUGCUGAGGCUCGAUUCCAUGGCCCGAGCAUUGGACCUGAGUCCCUUUCCUGGGAUGGAAUCUAUCUUUACGUUGCCGAUCAAAACAACCAAGUCAUCAGACGGGUGAAUACAGUGACAGGUGCCACUGAAACCAUAGCUGGGCAAAAGGGUAAUGAGAUCGGUAAGGAUGGCCCUCCAUUAUGAUGAUGAUGAUGGUGAUAAAAAAUUGUAUUAAUU